AUUAUUUCUUCUGGCAUACGUCAAUAGCUUGAGGGCAGUCGUUUUACAAUAUCUAUAGCUCACAUCUCCAUAUUACUUUUCAUCGAACAGAAACAUACCAUGCUGGAAAAAAUCUCUUUGGGCACCAGUAUAGUCCAUAAAAUGGCGACUGCAGCUUUGCAUAAGCCAUCUUACAUUACUGUGACGUCAGUUAGCACCACGAUAGCCUCGGGCUCUAUUCCAUACAUGAGCACUGCAAGCGCAUCAUCAAUCCAUCUCUACAUAACUGUCAGAAAGACAGUAAUGUCAGUAUUCAUUUCAUCGCCAAUCGAGUCACCUUCCUUGGCGACACUUACCUCUCAUUCAUUUGCGCAAGAAACAGUACCUGAAACAUCAUUGACUCAAAACUCUAACGGAACGUCUACUUCUCAGUCAUUGGUUCAAGACACAGUUUCCAUCCCACCACCAACUCAAUUAUCCACCAAAAAGCCUCAUCAAAAUACAAUAGCAAUUGUCGCAGGUGCUUUGGGGAGGUUUAUAUUUGUGUGCGAACUUCUCGCAGGAUUCUACUUUCUCCGUGGAUACCGAUUGAGGCACCAAAACUCAACUGAAAUUACAAGUGGCCAUCCAAUAAUUCCCGAGAAAGAUGAAGGAAAGGAUCCUGUGCAUGAAAUGGCAGGGAAAAGGAAAUUCGGGUAUCCUCGGCCGGAGGUUGAGUGGAACAGUCUUUCUGAACUCGAACAAGGAGGUAGCGGAAGGCAUCAGGGACCAGUUCAGCUUUCAUCUUAUUUCCAUCCUAUCAAUAAAAGCUACUGGUUGUAAAAUCUUCAACGCCGAAAUUUGACUUCGCUUUGAUCUCGGUAAUGAUACUCAUCACCACCAACUAGAAGAGAUAACAAGUUUUUGUUUCCAGAGUUAUACGAUGAGGAACCAAAUCGAAAGUUAACGGGAAGUAGUAGAUGAGAAAUGGUAGACAUGAGAUGAACUGGUAUCUACGUGCAUAAGUUGCGGUGCAGAAGAUAGGGGCUAUUUCAGGUUCUGGGCAGGCUUGCUCGAUAAUUCAGAGUUUAUAUUUUCUUUUGAUGUACAGCCAGGUCUAAGACUUGUAGACUUCCCUUCCAAGUGUAUUCACUGACCCCAUACAAUACCAGUUGCGAUGAAAUGUUAACACGCACAUUACAAGCAUUGAUGUAUUACGUCAAGCUAUUGACAGACUUUAAAUGGACGGAGUGACAGGACAAGAUUCCUAAGAAAUUGGUUGCUCGAUUUGAACUGUGCA